CUCAGCCCUAAGGCUAGACGCUUAUUAGUUUUCUUAACUAUGGCGCGCGUCCUCCGCACAUGCAAGUUUCACGAUUCUUCUUCACGCUUCUGUCGCAAUGGCGAGCGUCUCUGCUGUAGGCAUCGCCGGCGAUGUGCUUCAGCGAAACGACAGUGUUGCGGACGUCACCAAGGACAAGCACAUCCAGAUCUCGAUUACCCCUAUUGAAGACGAUGAGAUCAGCACAACGGGAAAGCAUAGUGUCGACAGCCUAACCUCGGAACGGUCGCAGCAAAGCAUCGAGGGACAAGUCGCCAGACUUCGGGAGGAAAUUGCUGUUGCAAACAAUGUUUUGGAGCUAUGCAUCCGUGAGGCUGUCACGGCCGGCACUACUCUCGAGAAGAAGAAGUUGCAGGAGAGGACAAAUGCUGCUUACACAGCCUGGGCAGCAAAAGAGCUGGUACUGAACGAUCUGUUGAACUCGAUGCAGUACUCAGAUGACAGCUCGACGUACAGCUCUUCAACAACAAGCACCCGGCAGCUGAGUGUUCAGCCUUACCCAACUAAUAAGAUGCACGUGCGCAAGAGCUCGCAAGUCCUUUCGGACGAAUCGGCAUCAGCGACAGCUUUUAUGAAGCAAAUCGGGUGGGUGAGCCCAGCAUCACUCGUUCAGUAUUUAAACAGUGGUAUAGACGUGAAUGGUUUGGGUCAAUUUCCUGGCUACCCGCAACAUCCAAUCACCCCAUUGAUGGCCAUCAUCCGUUCCCCAUUCGUUACCGAGUCCACGGAGAUCAUUGAGCUCCUCCUCGAACAGGAUGCGGAUCCUUGCAUCCGCGACAACCAAGGCCUUUCCUCAUUUGCACAUGCCAUCUACGCCCGCCGGAAAGAUGUCAUCAGACUGUUCAUCCAAACUCUUCUCUCGUAUGAGCGCUCCGGUUUUCCUACAGGUAGCGCAUCUAUGAAUUUAGACACGACCUGGACGGGCGUGAAGCAUCUUCGCUGGGAAGCCGCAGAAGCCAUCAUCAGCUACGAUAUGCCCACACUCACCACCCUCCUCAGCGACUCGUCAGCCCACAACACCAUCCUUCACACCGCCUGCCUCCCACUUGCCAUUCUCUUCAACAACAUGCCCGCCGUGCAAGCGCUGCUAGCGUACGGCAUGAACUCCUUCCAGCUCUUCCGCCGCUCGCCCGCACACCCCAGUCGGCCGUUUACAUCGCCCGUGAGCUUAGCAAUUUACACAGAAAACCUCACAAUCCUGCAGACACUGCUCUUUCAAGACUUCGAAACAAGCGAAAGACGCGGCCGGAUAUGGUACGCCCAACUCUUUGCCUCGAUGCCAUCGACCUACUCCAACACCGGAAUUAUCGACUUCAUCCUCGACAACGUGCCGUUGGUGGAAGCCUUCGAUCGCGCAAUUCGCUGCGAAGACCGGGUAUGGAUUCAUCGUAUCGUCAUCCGGACUGUCUCGUUACUCCUCACGCCCAGUGAUGAUCGGACCGGGGCGCGCAAUAUGGCUGCAGAAGCAUUUGCGACUCUGUUCGAUCGCGCGUGGAAUCUGAAGUUGUGCGAGAGGAGGGAACUUGCUACAGAGAUCGUCGACAUGGUCGAGCAGGGCGCUGAGAGAGACUUCACAUUUGUCGCCUGCGGAGGGACAUUAGGUAUUAGUCCAAAGAUGGUGGACAGGCUGUUGAUUGCUGCGAAGGGGCAGGAGUAAAAGGAUGUUGCAAAGGGAUUUAGGGCGUAAAGGCGUGCUAUGUGCUGGGAUUUGGAUCUGGGGAAUGGAGUUCGGCGCUGAUGCAAAGGCGAAAGCAUCCUGAAUGUUUGGUAUCGAUGUAUUUAAUCUAGAAUAAGGCUCAUCUAGCCCACAGCCGAUUUUUAAUCGUAGACAACGAAGCCCAAUAUUCCCGCGUCACGCA